CUCCCAUUUAUCCACACCACUCUAAAAAGCUCUCCCAAUGGGUACCAUUUCCAACUCCGACAAGCCUCAUGCCGUGUGCAUACCAUAUCCAGCACAAGGCCAUAUCACGCCCAUGUUGAAGCUAGCCAAGCUUCUCCAUUACCAUGGCUUCCAUAUCACCUUCGUCAACACCGAUUUCAACCACCAUCGUCUCCUUAAGUCUCAAGGUCCUACGGCUCUCAACGGCCUUUCGUCGUUUCGAUUCGAGUCGAUCCCCGACGGUCUACCACCGAUGGAUGUAGAUGCUACUCAGGAUAUUCCGUCGUUGUGUCAAUCCACACGGCGGCUGUGUUUGCAGCCGUUUAAGGAAUUGCUGCGUAAGGUUAAUUCUACUCCUAAUGUUCCACCGGUGAGCUGUAUUGUGUCGGAUGGCGUUAUGAGCUUCACAGUUGAUGCGGCGGAAGAGCUUGGGGUUCCGGAAAUUCUGUUUUGGACUACUAGUGCUUGUGGGUUCUUGGCUUACCUGCACUAUCGACAACUUGUUGACCGUGGCUAUACUCCGUUGAAAGAUGAAAAGGAUUUUAGCAACGGAUAUUUGGAGACGCAAAUAGAUUGGAUUCCAGGAAUGGAAGGCAUUCGUUUGAGGGAUCUGCCAAGUUUCAUAAGAACAACUGACCCAGAAGAUGGAAUGGUUGAUUUCAUAAUAUCUGAAACAAAAAGAGCUGAAAGAGCUUCCGCCAUUGUUUUGAACACAAUGGCUUCACUGGAACAACCAGCUUUGAACGCCAUCUCCACUCUCAUGCCGCCGGUCUUCUCCAUCGGCCCUCUUCAGCUGCUCCUGCAACACCUGGUUCCUGAUUCCCACUCCGAUUUGAUAUCCCUUGGCUCCAACUUGUGGAAGGAGGACCGAGCCUGCCUUGAAUGGCUCGAUCAGAAGUUGCCCAACUCGGUCGUUUACGUCAAUUUUGGCAGCAUCACGGUGAUGACGGAAGAUCAGCUGAAAGAAUUCGCUUGGGGGCUGGCAAACAGCGAGCAAAUGUUUUUAUGGAUCAUUAGGCCGGAUCUGGUGGCGGGAGAGACGGCGGUGCUACCGCCGGAGUUCGUGGAGGCGACUAAGGAAAGAGGGAUGUUGGCGAACUGGUGUCCACAAGAGGAGGUUCUAAACCACCCGGCGGUCGGCGGGUUUUUAACGCACAGUGGGUGGAAUUCGACGAUGGAAAGCAUAGUGAGCGGAGUUCCGAUGCUUUGUUGGCCGUUCUUCGCCGAGCAGCAAACCAAUUGCAGGUAUUGCUGCACGGAGUGGAGAAUUGGAAGUGAGAUUGACACCAAUGUUAAACGAGAAGAUAUUCAAGAGCAAGUGAAGGAGUUGAUGGAGGGACAUGGAGGGAAAGAAAUGAGGAAGAGGGCCGGGGAAUGGAAGAAACUCGUGGCGGAGGCGGCGGUGCCCGACACCGGUUCGUCUUUCCGGAAUCUCAAUAAUUUGAUUCAUGAAGUGCUUCUUCAAUCCCCUUGAUUCAAAUAUAGAUACAUAACGACCAAUAUCGAUUAGAGAUGUUCAUUUGAUCAGUGAGAAUCAAUAGAGACCAAUAAACUAAGGAAAGAACUUAUAGAAAUUUCUCUAAUAGCCAUACGAGAUUGAAGAUUAUAUUAUCCGUCUACUCUUACCUCCAA